ACAGGUGAUCUCUCACCUUUCACAGAGAGCCGUGACUCCAUUCGGGUUUCCGUUCAUGGUGUCUCCAUGUUCUCCUCCUUCACUAGCUCCAUCUCCGACCUGCGUUUCCGCUUCCGAUGGCGAGCCAUCACGGUGGUAAUCCUGCUGGCUUUGGCCGUCCUCGCGUACCUGCACCAAACAUCAUCGAGCUCCACCGACAGCAAAGGUAGCAGCCAGCGCUCGUGGCGUUCCAGCCGGGACGUAUCAGGUGUGAUGGCCGCGGCCGAAUCGGUGGACUCGCGUUAUAACGACACGUACCCGCUCAGUCCUCCGGAACACACGGCUAGGGCGGUCCGCUACCGGAUCGGAGUCAUAGCAGACCUGGACAUGAACUCGCGCAGCCAGAAGGACAACACAUGGUUCAGCUUCCUGAAACGAGGCCACCUGCUGGUGUCCGACAGCGGGGACAGCGUGUCCGUGGAGUGGGAUCCGGAGACGGUGGUUCUGGAGAGUCAUCUGUCAGAGAAGGGCCGCGGGAUGGAGCUGUCUGAGCUGGUGGUGUUUAACGGGCACCUGUACAGCGUGGACGACCGUACCGGUGUGGUGUACCGGAUAGAGGGCAACCGAGCCGUACCCUGGGUCAUCCUGCCGGAUGGAGACGGCAGCGUGUCUAAAGGUUUUAAGGCGGAGUGGUUGGCGGUGAAGGACGAGCGUCUGUAUGUCGGUGGUCUCGGGAAGGAGUGGACGACUAUCACCGGCGAGUUCGUCAAUAACAACCCCGAGUGGGUGAAGCUGGUUGGUUUCCAUGGUGAUGUGGAGCACGAGAACUGGGUACCGCGGUAUAACGCGCUCAAGAAAGCAGCAGAUAUCAAACCGCCAGGUUAUCUCAUCCACGAGUCGGCCGUGUGGAGCGAGCGUCUCCAGCGCUGGUUCUUCCUCCCUCGCCGCGCUAGCUCUGAACGCUACGAGGAAACAGCAGACGAGCGCCGCGGCACGAACCUCGUCCUGAGCUGCUCGCCGGACUUCAGUCAGAUCUCAGCGUCGCGCGUCGGGCCGCUCAAACCCACCUUCGGCUUCUCCUCCUUCAAGUUCAUCCCAGACACAGACGACCAGAUCGUAUUGGCGCUCAAAUCGGAGGAGGACGCGGGACAAAUCGCCACAUACAUCACGGCCUUCACGCUGGACGGACGAAUCCUGCUGCCUGACACCAAGAUCGGAGACGUCAAAUAUGAAGGACUGGAGUUCAUAUAGACAAGACGGCUCCGUGAUCGACUCAAAGACUUCAGUGACGUAAAACACAACAAAAGUGCAGCCACCCGUUACCCAUAAUGCAUUGAAACACUGGCCAGUAUAUUUUCAGACGGAUGUCCCCAAUGUGGGACCAGACAGAAAAACAGCAACGGGAAACAAAUGCAAUAAUAGAGGAAACCUCUAACAAACAGAACGGGGUUUCUGCAGGUCUUAAAACAUCCUAAUUCACGUUUUCACAAACUAAGGCUUUAAAAUAAAGCCAUGGCAUUAAAUGCUGCAUGCACUGCAACAAAUGAACAUGUUCCAGUACAGAUAGCUAAAAGUAAUGUUGAAAGUUCUAUUUAGAGACAUUUAUAUUACGGGAACAUAUGUGACCCUGGAGCACAAACCAGUCAUAAGGGUAAAUUUUUCAAAAUUGGGAUUUAU